UGUGACAGAAGAAGAGAGAGCAGAUAUGAGAAGGAGUGAGGAGACCUGAGAAAAGAACCUAAUUCAGCAUUGUGCUUCCAGCCAGCCUCUCACACUGCUGUGAAACCCUCUUGAACUGCGCUGCUGCUGCAUGACUGAACGCUAUCAGUCCCGAGCAGGCAGCCGCCAAACCCACACACACACAUGCACACACACACUCACAUGCACACACACGCACACACAAAUGGAUAGGACUCGUCCGCUGAGGCGGUUUGGUAUGGUGGACUUGGAGUGACAGUUGGGAAUAACUGGUUUCUUCGUCCUGUCAGUGUUGUAUGAAGAUGCAGUGACAGCAGCUGGAACUGAGCCCUGACAGCUUUACAGCUUGGACGUCUCCAAAACAGACAAAACAGGACAACAAAGAUGUCAGUGAAGCUGCGAUUUGACUCCCCUUCAGAUGGAGGCCUGAUCCACAGAAGCCGCUCCUUCACUGGAUUCUCUUCUCUGACUGGUCGACAAAGAACGUCUUCUGUUCGUAACUCUCUUCGCGUCAAAGCCAUGACAGGAAAUAAAGCGAGCAGGGCGCCCGUCUCCCCCCGCAGAAGUUCAGGCGCUAUCUGGUCUCUGCAGCCGGAGCAAGUCGACAGGGUUUUUCAGGCACUACGCAAAGGACUCAAGGACUACCUGGAGGGUCACCAAGCUGAGAUGGACUUCCUGUCUUCACAGCAGAGAGAGACUAAAAGAAACUCGAGACUGGCCUUUCUUUAUGAUCUGGAGAAGGAGAUCAGAUCUUUGGAGAGAUAUAUACGACGAUUAGAAUUUCAAAUCAGUAAGGUAGAGGAGCUGUAUGAGACAUAUUGUAUUCAGUGGAGAUUGUGUCAGGGAGCGGUCAACAUGAAGAGAGCCUUUUCACUGUCCCCGUCCACCAGAGCCUCCAGAGAGAGUCUGCUGGAGCUCAACCGCAACCACAGACACAGCCUGCAGGACAUGUCAACAAUGGAAGGAGAGUUAGAAAUCCUGCUCGGAGAGCUACACAUCAAAAUGAAGGGUCUCAUCGGAUUCGCUCGACUUUGUCCAGGAGACCAGUACGAGGUGUUGGUACGACUGGGCCGCCAGCGAUGGAAGAUCAGAGGGAGGAUUGAAUCGGAUGAUAGUCAGUCAUGGGAUGAAGAGGAGAUGGUCUUCCUCCCACACAUUCACCACAACUUUGAGAUAAAGGUGACGGAAGCAAAGGGUUUGAGCUGGCUGCUGGUUGGCACGGUAACGUGUGCAAGCGCAGACUUCUUUGUGGCAAGGCCUCAGGUGAUGCUGGUGGACAUCACAGAGUUGGGAACCAUCAAACUGCAGCUGGAAGUGACCUGGAAUCCAUUUGACGGCACUGAGAAGCUGAGGCCGCUGUCUGGAAACAAGCAGUCAGUGUCCAGCAGAAAGAGUUCAGUGUACAGCUGGACGGCACCGAGUACCCCCUCCUUCACUGAGAAAUACUUUAUUUCUAUGGUGCGUGAGCUGCGGGAUCAGGAAGGUUCUCUUCCAUCUCUGGUGCCCAAAAGUCAUCCCAACAGAGGAGGAAUGUCUCUGCUCAGCUACCUCUCCAACCCUUCAAACACCUCCAUCGCAUCAAGCCACAGUCCUCAGAGCCCAUACAUCCCGAGUCUCUCAAGGGCGCACAGCUACCCUUUCAGCCCAAGUCGAGACACCAGUCUGGGAGGAAGUCGGACUCAGCUGUCGCUCGGAGAAGAAGAAUCCCUGGAGAUCUCAACUGAGGAGUCAGAGACGAAGAAGAGGGUGGACAAGAAGGUAGAUGAGGAGAAGGAGGAGUGGGGAGUUGUGUUAGAGAGUCCAUCCGUACCAGAAGAAAGUAAAACAGACUCCCUUAUGACCUUACAGAGGUCGAGCACUCCAGACAUCCUGAGAAAGAACACAUGUGGAGAAGCAGAGCCUGAGACCCACAGCGUAGCCCCAAGUCAGGACACAGUCACUGGGCAGGACUCCACAGAUUGUGAGGAAUACUCUGUCACAGCCUUGCCAACACCACCUUCUCAAACCCCAGCUGCACCGCAAACCUCGCCCACAGCAGCUGCUCCGACACCGGUGAGGCUGGGUGUGAGCGGGGUCCAACGUCAUGCCCAGGCGCUCAGACUGGGAGCCAUUAUUGCAGAGCUGGAGAAAAUAUUACAGUAUCAGAGCUGUGCUGACAAGGAGCUGAGAGCUCUGGAGCACCAGAUACUGCAUCUAGCCACCAUACUGAAGAACGACCUGUCACUGCUGAGAAGCUCAUCAUCAGAGGAGACUCUGGCUGUUGAGGAGGUGCUGGGUAGCUUUGACUUUCUGUCAAACGACCUGAACGGAGAUGAUGACGCCUCCUGUUUGGGAAGCCUGAGACUGAAGGACAGUGGCAUCAGUUCUUUCCAGCAGAGCACGCUGAGGAUUCAUGGCUUUCUCUCUCAAGGCAGCCAGUCGGCUUCUGAGGAAGAGCUAGUCAUCACUCCUCUGACCUCUGGAAACUGGGGUCUUGAUCAAGCUCUGGAGACUCACCUGGAUAUCUGUUGCAUCCUGCUGCAGAUGAUAAGAACAACCGACUUCACCCCGUCUAGAAGGGAGCUGCUGGAGGAAAUGUCUCUCCAGGCUGAGGUCCUGGACAGAAUCAGCUGUCUGCUGCUGGAGAAGAAUGACAACAUCUCCACACGAGACAUCCUCCCUAAGGCCCAGAGAACGAGAGGUGUGCUGUUGUUCUGGGAGGAGUGUGUGCACGACAGCAGCUCUCCUUUCUGUUGCCACAUAGACACCUUCACCAGGACGCUGAAGAAGCGUUACACACACAAGGUGAAGGCCAAGCAGCCCGGCCAAUCAGAGAAAGUGUUUUCUCAGCUCUUGCAGCAGGUUCAGGCGGCCUGCCGGGUGGUGCCCAGCUCUCGGUCAGUCUGCAGCCCGGAGAGAGUCACCCUCUUCCAGCUGUCAGUCUACCUGAAGCGCUGGAAUUUCCAGGAGCUUGGGGAGCACAUCUCCCGCCUCUCAAAAGAAGAGUACAUCCUCUCGGCCCUGAGUAGCCCCAAACGGCGGCGGGCUUUAAAUAAGCUGAGGGGCCGGAAGAUCACAGAGCUACUUCCACUGGGAUGCACCCUGCAGACUCUCGCCUCCCUGCAGAUCGACUCCAACCACAAAGUCUGCAAAGCUGCCACCAACUGCAUCUCCAGAGCUGCUGGAUACAAGGCCUUUAGGAACAAGGCAGUGCUUUACUACACAGAAAGCCUGAAAAGUAUUGAUAUUAAAAUCCAGCAGAGCUCCUGUUUGGCUCUCAAAUGCCUCCGGGCAACAGAGAGUGUGGACCACAUAGCAGAUUUAUGGAGAUCAACAGAUGAAGAUCUGCGUAGUGCUGCCAGAGAAACUGUCCUCUCCUUUGGUAAAAAGGGAUACCAGGCCUACCAGAGGAUGGACCAGCUAGACACUGAGAUGCAGGAUGAGGCUUACCAGAACCAAGAGACUGAGAUUACGAUUUUAUAGGAAACAGAUCUGGAUCAAAGAAUGGGCACAAAUGUUGUAAUGAUGCCCGUCAAGAGACUAAAACCAAGCCUAUGUCAAAAUGGAGAAAGUUUACGAACCUGUCAGGACGCCACACCUUCUGGGAAAACUUAUUUUUCUUUUACGAAUCUGUGGUGCGUGUGCUACCAGAGAAACAACUGCAGAGGAAGAUCUUAUGAUGGAGACUUCAGCUUUCCCUGGAUGGAUCAUUCACUCACUGAUGUUGAUUAAUGACUUUUUAUUUCUCCUGUAUUGUUUUACUCAGAAUUUGAAUUUAUUUUUGUUAGAUAUGUAGAGUUUUUCUUAAAGAAGACGUCAGCUGUAGUCUGACUCUUUUCUAGUGCUGGGAGUUUUUUCACCAACCAGUCGAUAUGACUGUCUUAUUGGGACAUGAAGGAUAAAUAUAAUAUUAUUUUACAUAAUCUUGCAAGCGCGUGUGUGUGUAUGUGUGUUUAGAGCAAUAAUCGGCUACAAUAAAACAAAAAAUAUCACAUGAAUAUUAAACCCUGGCAGAUUAAUGAAAUCCAGAUUAACAGCCUCUCCUGUCUGUGAGAGCUGAGUCUUGAAUUAAUUUUAAACAAGAGGAGUCUACAAAUCAAGUUAUGUCACGCUACCCAUUUUUCUAAUCAUUUUUAAUUUUUUUUAAGGAGAAAAAAAUUCAAAUAUAUCUGAAAACAAAUGCAAUCUUUCAGGUUUUAUAUUCAGGACAAUUCCUUUUUUAUAUAUUUUCACAUGCAAUUCUUCUUUGACAAAAUGGAUGUUUAGACAAAAUUGUUCAUGUUGGUGAAGGAAAAUAUUUGGCCUGCUGCCUUUGUGCCAUCACAGAAACGGAGAUCUCUGCUGACCUCUGCUGGCUGUUCUCAUAUACUGGAGCUGGAGAGGGACCCGAGGACACAUUUGCCUGCCACAGAAUAGAUUUGGCUGUGGUUAGAGUGACCUAGGACCUCACUGACCAGACUGUUUGUGAUGCCGUGGGAAGAAAGAUGCUGCCAACAGCAAAGCAGUUUAAGUUGUGGCAUAAAAUGACAUUUUUCUUCAGCCUUAUUGUGUCCAUGAGAACUCUGCAUCAACUUUAAGGAAUCAUGUUUGAAGAAUCUGCUUCAUGGAUUGAACACAGUGUUUGUUUCUUCUGUUUUGUUGAUAAUAGGAUGCAGAAUCAUUUAGCUUCCUGAAACAAAGAAAAAUCCUACAAAAUCUUAAAAACUGUGUUCAGUAAGAAGCAGAGCUGCGCUUUAACCAUGUUUGAAUUCUGUGUCUUUUGUUUUAGCCCCCUCCCACACGACCAGAUGGUGCAUGAUUUGCACUUCAGGAGAGUUUACACAAUCGAGAGGAAAAGAUUUCAAAGUAAUCUUUGUACACAGAUAACAUACCAUCACCCCCUCUUUUGCAAAACUCUCAGUCUGACUGAACACAAGUUAUUUGCUGGUCUUUGGUAGUUUUCCAGGUGCUGAAUCUUUGAAAUCAAAAUGUUUUCAAGGCUGCUUUGAAAAGGUUGAGAAUGAGAAAAAUCAAUGUGCUGAGAAAGCUUUGAAAACAAACAGGAGGGCAAAGGAAGUAAGAGCAGAAGGAAUAAACGUGCUCACACUAGGUGAAGAAACAAGGCAACAUACGGACAUUUAUGACACGUGCUAAAAUGAUCUCAAUUUAUCUGUUAGCAACCAUAAUUUUUACCCCCAGAUGCCUGAAAAGGUUAAUUUGGCCAUGGUCAUAUCAAACAAUCCCUGGAUGGCAGAUUUGUAAACAAAGAUUUUUAGUAAGUGGAAUAAACACAUACAAAAGUGGAAGAGCAGGCAUAGUGCUGGUCAAAAUGUCACACAAGACAAAGUGAAAACUUUCCUCUCGGCAUAAAAAUUAAGACAUAUAUUUAUAAGGAGCAAAUAUUUGUUCCUAAAAUUGGGGAUUCCAGCCAAGACUUUGGUCAUUUCUUUGAACUGUUUACCCAGAGCUAACAGCAGGACAUGGAAACUGAAUUUCAGUUUAUUUUGAGUCAGAUUUAUUGCAGUUAAAGAAUGAACUGAGGAGACUUGCCGAUCUGGAGAUGGCAGCGGAGCAGGAAAAGCAGAUUCAGUUCAAAGACUUGGUGUGGGCAUCUGAGAUCAAUAUUUAACCACAGCUGAGCAGGAAAACCUGAAGCACAGGGAGAGACGAGUUACCUCAAACUUAAAGCACAGGAAAACCACAAAACUGAAAGGUGGUCGAAGCAUCGUCACGACAUGAGUGACUAAACUAUAUCACAGCCAGUGGAGCAGCUGGGUUGGAUAAGGCUCAGGUGUGCAGGUUGAUUAAUCUGGUGGACUGUACCCACAGAGAGGAAGAAAAAGACAGAGACAGGGAUGAACAAACAGGAAACAGGAGCAAGCAUAAAAGAAGAGUAGUACUGCAUCUGUGUAUAAAUGGUUACUGAGAUGUAUUUAAGACUUUCUGGUGCAUACCAUAUUUACACAAGUGGAAACAAAGGAUGAGCAUCCUCCUGUGCUGAGAAAUAUAUGAAAUAUUAAAAGAA